AUGACGCAGGAUAAGCUUAACAUUAUAAUUGUAGGAGGAGGAAUAGCUGGGUUAUCAGCCGCGAUAUCCACGCUAAUUAACGGUCAUAAUGCAAUUGUUUUGGAGGCAUCUAAAAAGAUAAAUGAAAUAGGUGCUGGUAUUCAGGUCUCUAGCAACUCAACAAAGAUAUUGAAGAGGUGGGGUGUAUGGGAAUAUUUAAAGGAGGAAGCUAACAUUCCACUUUACACCGAUUUGAGGGACUACAAGACGAAUGAAGUCUUUUCUGUCGCAGACCACACUGCUAUGUCAAAGAUGUACGGUGGGCCGUUUGGGAACUUUCAUAGAGCUACCCUUCACCGAUGUUUGUUAAAAAAGGCAAAAGACCUUGGUGUGACCUUCCUUACUGAUGCUAGAGUUGAGGGAAUUAACUUUGAUAAACCAUCAGUUACGCUUCAAAACGGAAAAGAAAUAAGAGGAGAUCUCAUUGUUGGUGCCGACGGUUAUAGGUCUAAAUGUAUGGAAUUAUUUAGAGGAAGUGAGGAUAAACCUCAAUUCUCAGGGGAUAUGGCUUACCGAAUUUUACUUGACAUCGAUGACGUUAAGGAUGAUCCAAUUUUGAAAACAAUCGUUACUGAUAACAAUAUUCAUUACUGGAUGGGACCGGAUUCCCAUAUUGUUUCUUAUGCCUGCGACAACAAUAAAUACUUCAAUGUCGUUAUUCUUACUACUUGCGAUAUAGAACCCGACAUGAAAUGUUCUUCAGUUCAUGCUGAUAUCAAAGCCGUGCAAGAGAAGUUUCAGAAUUGGAAUCCAAUUGUGAGAAGCAUUCUUGAAAAAACUAAAGAAGCCUCAAAGUGGCCAUUAUGGAUGAGAGAGGGUAUAUCAAAAUGGUCCCACGAGAAUGGUAAAUUCACUAUGUUGGGAGACUCAGUUCAUGUUACAGUGCCUUACAUUGGACAAGGAGCUGGAAUGGGCAUAGAGGAUGGCUGCGUCUUUGGUGAGUCUAUUGGAAAGAUACAUUCGAAAAAUGACUUAAUGUUUGCUCUUGCUGUUUACAAUGAUGUUCGAAUCAAACGUUGCUCGAACAUAGUUAAGAUGAGCCGUGACAUGGGUAUUAUUAUGCAUUUGAAGGAUGGACCAGCCGCCGCCAGUAGAAAUGAGCUAAUGAAAAUGGCACCACCACUUAAAGGAGAUCUUAACCUUUGGAGAGAUCCUAUUAAUGCUAAGUGGCUAUUCGGUUUUGACGCAUUCGAAGCAACAAAGAUGGCUUUUAAAAAGGUUCUGAAACUACACGGACUUAAUUGA